AUGUAUUUUAAUAAGGAAAAGAAAGAUAAUGAGGAAGAAAUCAAAAGAAACGUAGGUAGUAAAAACUUGCCCAGUCAUAAGAAUAAGAAGUAUGUAAGGAAUUUAAAGCAAUCUAUGUAUAAUAAUAAAUAUAUCAACAAAUUUAACAAAAGAAAUAAUGAUUUAAAGGUAAGACAAGGCAAUAAUGGAGUUGUAUUUAAUAAUACUUUAUUAAAUACGAAUAAUUUAAAAAUUGAAAAUAAUAAAAAUAAUCAAGUAUAUUUUAAUAAAAAUGUAAUAAAUAGAAAUAAUAAAGAAAAUACUAGAUCAACAAAUACAUAUAAAAAAACAUACUUCGAUCAAGAUAAUAUAAAUUACAAUAGUCUAAUUAAUUCACAAGUUUCAGUUUGUUCUAUACAUAUUGAAAAAACAGAUGACGACAUAAAAAAUCAGAUUAAAUUUAAUGAACAACAAUUAUUAUAUUUAUGUAAUAAUAGAACACAUACAAAUGAAACAUCAUCACACCAUAAGUUUCCUUUAUUUGUAGAAGAAAUUAAUUUUACCGAAAAUUUAGUUUUAUUAACAGGUAUAUUAAUACUAUCAAAUAAUGAUAAAAUAUUUAACAAUUUAGAAUUUGAGGGGAAAACGAACCCUCUGCCUAAUGACUGUAACUUAAGCAUAUAUGUUAAUGUAGUUAAUAGAUAUGAUUCUCAGUACUUUAAACAACUCUACCCUGCCUCGUACAAUUUUAAAAACAGAUUAUUCUUUGUAACACUGAAUGAGUCCACUGUUGAUUCAUCAUUACUAAUAGAUAAGAUUAUAGUCAAAGGAAGUUUUCAAACCCUAUCUUUGAUUGUACUGGGGCAAUCAGAAGAAAUAAGUGAGCAGUUGAAAUAUUAUAGGGAAAUUGCUUAUGACAAAAACUUAAGGAGUAAUAUUAAUGAAGAAACACUAGAUGUUGAAAAUAUAGACUUAGAAAAAGAUGAUAUAUUUGUUCCUAAAAAACCAGUAGAUAUUAAAACGUAUAAUAUAAACACAUUAAUGGAAGAGAAACUUGUAUUUAGAAGUACCAAGUGCCAGAAUUAUCUUCAUAAGGAUUUCCUAUCUGUUGAAGAUGCAAACAAUGAAUUGUAUGAACUGUCUAAUGUAUUAGAAAAGGAAUUUAUAAAAAACAAUUUACACCAAAUGAGCAAUUCAAAUAGUGACAGCGGUGUGAAAAAUGAAAAAGAGGAAAAAGAGAAAGAAAAAGAAGAAGAAGAAGAAGAAGAAGAAGAAGAAACGGAUAAUGCCAAAAUAUCAGAUGAACCAGCUGCAAGGGACAAUGGGAAGAACGUUACACAGCAGGAAAAAGGUGCAGGAAAAGUCGAAGCGAAUGAACAUGUUAAGAAUGAAUAUGCCCCACAUGAACGGGCUCAUAACGAAAUGGUUGAACAAAACCAGACUAAUGAACAAAAGGGAAAAGUCCAGUUCGUACCACCGAAUAACGACUUGAUAAUAAAUAUUUUGAACGCAUUCACAGAACGAUACAAAAAUAAAAAAGAAAUAGGUAAAAAUGAUAUACCAAUAUAUAAAAAAAUUAUUAAGUAUGGAGCCAUGUGGAUGUUUUAUAUAUUUAAAAAUAUAAAAAAGGAUGAAGACGAUUUUUAUAUCAAUUAUUCAAAUUAUACAGAAAUUAAGGUCUAUGACAUAUUAGGUUGUUUGUUAAUACUAAGAAGAUGUGCACUGUACCCAAACUUAGCAAAAUAUAUUGCACAUAUGAAUUUCGAUGCUCAUAUUUUAUACCUCGAUCCAUUAUCCCCACAUGUGUUAAUAAAUCUGAUUGAUAUUCUCUAUGUUAAUAAUAUUUACUUCUUUUCAUCCUGGAAAAUUAAGACGUCCAUCUUGAAAACGCUUAUUGCUCUAAUAUCUGAUUCCUAUGUUAUGAAUCUUUUUUGUAAUUAUGUGGACGAAAAUAAUGAGACGUUGUACCAAAAACUAUUGAAACUAUCGUCAAACGGAAAGAUGAAAAGACAUAACAUGAAGAGGUUGCUUGGCAUAAUCCUAUGCAGAGUAAAACUUUUUGAAGAAAUUAGCAGAUUACAAAAUAGCAUUAUGCACAUCAUCGUGAACAGAAAAAAUUAUGAUAAAAGAUUAUUUAGUAAAAGUGUUACAUGCAAAUUAAUUUAUGAGUUAAAAAGUGUUCAUAAAGAACUAUUUCAACAUACUAGUAAUUACGAAAGCAAGAACAGUUGUUAUGAUUGUUUAUAUGAGAAUGAAAUUUUUAUUUUUGACGAGAAAAAUAAGAAGGCAAAUUAUUGCCUACACAAAUUACAUAAUUACGUUUUUUCAUAUUUACAAAGAAAUCAAUUUUUUACUCUUUUUCUAUACAUUUUAAAAGAAUUUGAAGUUCAUAUAAAAUACUCGUUAUUUCUGAAUUCUUACGAUAUUUGCUUUAUUACGGCUGUUAAUGAUUUUUUGUUUUAUUUCCUGAACUCUUCAGGUGGAAUUAAUUUAUUAAUAAAUUAUAAUAUAACAUUAUAUGAAAACACUUAUAAAAGUAUAUGUAUAAUUAUAAAUCGAAAAAUGAAAGAAUUAAAUACCAAUAUAAAUGAUAAAAAAAAAGAAGAAAAGAAAUAUAACAAUUAUAUGGAUAAGGGAAAAAAUAAAGAUCAUGAUAUGUGUGUAAAUCCGAAUGAUGAAAUUUUUAAAAUAAAUAAAAAUGAUGGAAACCAGGUUGAAAAUGUGAAUGGCUCCAAUUUCAAAAUGGUGGAGAAUGAUGAAAAUGAACGUGGAAAUUACGAAUAUGAUGACCCGUACAGUGAAAAAUCUGCUCUGAGGGAAAGAAGUAAUAAUGGUUUUGGUGCGAUAAAAAGUGUAAGCAACAACAUAAACAGUAGUAAUAACAACAGGACUAAGGAACAUGUGUAUGGAUCUGCGUAUGCGAAAGAAGCCUUGAAAACAGUAGGAGAUCAAGAUCGAGAUCGAAAUGGUAGUGGAGCAAAUCUAACGAAUAGCUACUUGAUCCAUGAAAAUAUCGCAAGAGCAGAAAACCACCAUAUGAAUUCCACAGAUAAUAUAAAGAACGAUUUUAUGUACAAUGAAAAAAAUUUCUUUUAUGACAAUUUAAAAUGUAUAUACACGUAUAAUGAUAUAUUAAGGAAUAAGGACAUAUUGGAUGUAUUUUAUUUGGAUGGCUAUAAUUACAAAGAUAUUAAAAAUAUUCGAAAUUAUUGUGCAUAUAUUUUGUGUUCUUUAAAAACAUUUUUCAAAACGUAUGUUUUAAUUAAUAAUUUUUUUAAUUUGGGAAAACAUAUAUCUUUAGAGCAUUUAAAAAUUUUUAAUGUCUUAUGCACGUAUCCCUUAUCUAAGUUAGCUCUAUACAGUAAUGUCAAUUUUUACAAUUUUUUCCAUCAUCUUAUAUACCUUUUUUACUACUUUAUAUAUCUAGAGAAGUUGUAUGAGCAGAGUGGAAAGUCCGAUCAGAAGGGAAAUUCGUCUGUGGGUGAAGAGCUGGAAAAGAAGGGAAAGGAAAUGAGGGGAAAGAGGAACAUAAAAAGGAAGGUGGUACAAGUAGGGGGAGUAGAGAGCGAAGUAGGGGAAGAAGCGGAAAGAGAAGGGGGGAUAGAAGCUGCGAAAGACGCAGUAAAAGAUACAGCAAAAGGCUCAGCCGCAUUCAGCGUUGUGGAGGACAUAAUAAAUCCCGUCGGAGGUAGUGCAAAAGAGUUCGAACAUACAAAUGAAUACAUUUUAGUGUCCAUUCGAUACCUGCUGAAUAUAAUAUACAACUUAUUAUUUUAUGACGAGUCGGGGCAUUUUAUUUUUCACUUUGGUUAUUCCAUCUUUGUGUGUCUUGAAGAAAUCAAGAAUAUUACAGGGGAUAUCAAAAAAAAAAAAGAUUACUCUUUUGGAAUAUUAAAUUCUAAGAUCCCCAGGAAAAUGUUUUUAAAACAUUACAUAAGUAACGAUAAAUUGUUCUAUAAAAAUUAUUUUCAUUUAUAUGAUAAUUUAAAAAACUUAUAUUUAGAUUUGUAUAGAUUUGAAAAAAAGAAAUUUAACGAAAUGGAUGGUAAUAAAAAAAAAGAAUCAUAUGAAAAGAAUUUUAUUAACAUUCUGAACAAGUACAGGAACAGUGAGAAUUUCAAAAUGAGCAAAGCCAAUACAAAAAGUGGUAAUACUGAAACCAUACGAAAAGAAAUGAAAAGAAAUAAUAAUAUAGAUCGCAUAUAUGAAAACGUAUUUACAAAUAGUGUAGAGAGUUAUAUACAUCAUGUUCUUCCCUUAAAAUCGAAAUAUACCCCUACGAUAAGCAAAAUAAUUGAUUGUUGCAAGAUUGAAAAGGAUAAAUAUUUAUUAAAAAAAUCGAAAGAAUUAAAUAAUUAUAACUGUAAGUUGAAUAAUGAUAUAUAUAUAAAUAAUUCUUCAAAAAAUUGUACACGUCUGGGAAAUAGUACAAACAACCAGUAUGUUGAACUAAUGGAAGAAUUAGAUGACACUACUAUUCCAAGUAGUGGGAACUUAUACAAAAAAUUGGACAUUGCUUAUCCUUUUUUAUCGCUUAAUCUGUUAUACUAUUACAUGAACAUUUGCUCAAAUAUUAAUUAUUUCAUCAAUUUGUACGAUGUUUCAAAGGGUAAGGAAGACGAACAGGAGAACAAACAAAUUUACGAACAUGAAUUUACAUACGCUAAUCCUAAUUCCUCUAAUUAUUUUUCCAACCAUGAAUAUGAGUAUAGUAAUUAUAUAUGCGUAAAAAAUGACAAAAUUGAUGAAACAAACAAACCAAUAAAAGAUAUCCCGUGUAUGAAGUAUAAGAGGGACUACACGAAUAGUAAGAGCAGAAAACCGAACGAGCAAAAUGCUAUAACAAGCGUUUUUAGCAGCAGUGCUAGAGGGAAUAUCAGUGGUAAUAUGAUUGGAAAUAAUAAUAGUGAAAAUAGGAAAGGGCACACAGAUGGGUACCAUCUCUUAUGGACGAAUUACAUAAAUAAAUAUCAUCACGAGGAUUUUAAAAACAUUGGAGCAAUAUUAUAUCAUGAAAAUAACCUUGAGUUUAUGAUAAAAUUAAUUACAAAAUGUAUAUUUUUCCUGAACGUUAAUAUUUUUAAACUAGCUUUAUUAAAUUUUAAUAAAUUAAGUGGAAAAAAUCUUUACAAAAUUUUGAAAUAUCGUUUAAAAACUUUAUUUUUUUUAAAAAUUAUUUUAAAUGUUCUCUUUAAAUUCUUUUAUAAUUUAACAAAUGAUAAUACUAAUUCGAUAACCUUAAAAUCUUAUAGAAAUCAUGAGUUAUUUUAUUCUUUAUUAUAUUUAUUAAAUAGGUUACUAAGUUUUAAUGAUUGGAUUGGGUCUAAUACCAUAACUGAGUAUAAUCAUCAUUCUUCCAUUUUUGUACUUCGAUAUAAUAUUAUUUAUAUAUUAAGAAUAUUCUAUAUAUGGUUUAAUAAAACAUCAGAUAACCAGUCUUUUCUAUUUCGUUGUGUUUUAAAAUAUACGAGAGUUCUUCCAUCCUUUAGUACAGCCGGUAUGCUUCUUAUUAUGACAUUUCUUGAUUUCAAAAAUGUAUUUCCUGAAUAUAUUUACUCAUUUUACCUUGCCAAAAAUUUGAGGAAAAUUUGUUACGACAAUACGAAAGAGGUGAUACAAAUUGAUGAAGCAGAUGAAGUGGACGAAUUGGAGGAAGGGGAGGAGGAAGAUUAUCAGUAUGAUCCACAGAAGGGAGCAGAAGACGAACUGAAGCUGCACCUCGACGAGUCAGACUUCGGCGUAGAAGAAGCAGAUGAAGAGCGAGAAGAGGAAGAAGAGAUAGAAGAAGCAAAAGAGCCAAAUGAAAACUUUAACGGUUUAGACCACGAGUUAGGUAACGACCCACAGGAAGAACAGAAGGACAAUGACUCUUCAAAAAAUGAAGUAUUAAAUGAUAAGGGUAUUUUCCUUAAUACGAAUAAGAGUAAACAUAAGAACAAUUUGAAAGGUACAACACCACAAUGCCUUGAGAGUUACUAUAAUAAUACGACAAAGACUAACUAUCACAAUAUUAUUAAUCCUGUUAGUAGUUUAUCAUCAUACUUUUCAAGUACAUAUGACAGAAUGACCUUGUUCAGAAAUAACUGCCAAACGUUUAGUUAUUACUCGAAUGUGCUAAGUAACAAAAGUGGGAAUUUCUCGAGCGAUGUUGAGGAGGAAGAAGAGCAGGAAGACGAGGAAGACGAAGAAGAUGAACAUAAUGAGGAUGAUAGAGUAGACAAAGAAGGUGAAGUGGAGGAAGAGGUAGAAAUGGACGAAGUGGAUGACGAAGUGGACGAUGAAGUGGACGAAGAGGUGAGCGAAGAAGAUGGCGACGGAGGAGAAUACCCACUUGGGGAUAAGUACAAGAGGGGUUACCCUGCUCGUUACAAUAAGAGAAAAAAAUAUAACAACAAGCGUAUGAUCGAAGGAAAAGGAAAAGGUAUGAGAAAUAAUGUAAAUCGUGUAAACAGUGUAAAUCGUGUAAACAGUGUAAAUCGUGUAAACAGUGUAAAUCGUGUAAACAAUGUAAAUCUUGUAAACCAUGUGAACAGUGAAAAGCGGUUAGACAAAGUAAUUCUCUACUGCAGAAUAAAUAAUCCGUAUUACGUGAAUGAUAAGAAUAAAUUUAUAUACUUGUGUUGUUGUAUAAAUACGAAAAAAAAAAUUAUAAACCAAAAAUAUUAUGAUUAUUUCCAUGUUCUUAACUUAAACUACUCUAUGGAUGAGUAUGAAGAGGUAUUUUUUCCACAUAAUUAUGGUAGUAGUAUAUAUCGAAUGAACACUAACUAUAUCUCACUUAUCGGUAACCUAACAAUUAAUUUUAAUGACAUGAAUGGAGGAUAUGUCGAAGCAAAUAAGGACUCCGAUAGAAAUAACCUGAGCAACAUCCAUUCAAAGCAAGAAGAGAAUGUAUUAAAAAAUUAUCUAGGAAAUAAUGUAAAAGGUAUUUCUUUUAUGUCUACAUAUAAAUAUUAUAAAAAUAAACAAAACUCACUGAAAGAUAGUAGUAGUUACUAUGAUGAAGUGUUGAAUGAGCGGGGUAAUAAUAAUAUCCUAUUAUUUGCUAACAAUGAAGAGGGGAAUAACUUAGCAAAGACAAAUGGAAGAAAUCAUACAAGAAGAAGUCAAGGGGGAAAGGAGGAAGACUCAUAUCCGUAUGGAAUACACAAAAUAGAUGAUUAUAAUAAUAGUGGGGAGAAAGAUUUCUAUUCAUCAAAUAAAAAAGAGUUUGUUAUUUCAUCAUGUCCAUAUGCUAUAAAAAACUUAUUACAUGAUAAUAAUGAAGAGGAAGACCAUUGUGAGUAUAUAUUGAACACUCUAAGAAAAAAAGAACAUCUGUAUGAUCAACAUAUUAAUGUAAAAAACUUAAAUGAAGAGGAAAAGGAAAAAUUGAAUAUAAUAAAAAAAGAAUUAAAAGACAGAGAAUAUACAAAUUUUGAAGACUUAUGUGAUUAUAUAAAUUUUAUCAUAAGAAUAAGUAAAAGUAAUAAUGUUAUUGCUAGAAGUCUAAGUGCUUACUGUUGUGUUAUUUUUAUAAAUCAUCGAAUACCUAUCUUUUCUAUCAUAUUUGAUCAUAUAUAUAAAAUUAUUAAUAAUGUAAAAAAUUUCAAUUCACUUAACAAAAAUAAUGAUGAUCAUCAUUCAAGUAUAUGUAUGAACAAAGUCAACUAUUAUUCCUUCUUCUCCUAUAAUAAUGUUCAGUUAAAUAAUAUGUAUUAUACAUAUAAUGAAGAGAUGUAUUAUCUGAAAGAGCUCUGUAAUAUCUUUUCUUUUUUACUAGAUAUUUUUAAAAUUUGUUUUUUUACAAAUUAUAAGAACAAUUAUAAUAGACUAAUUAAAUUGUUAUACUUACCUUGCAAGCAUUUUCUGAAUAUAUUACAUGGAACAGUUACUAGUCUUAAAAAUGUUUUAACCCAGGAACUUAUUAGAUUUAUUGUUAAACUAUCUAGCACCAUAUUUCACGGAUAUUCAUAUGUCCUUUUUGUCUUUUUCAAUAAGCACUCUAUAUUGCAUAACGACAUAAGAGGGAGAAUCGGUAAUUCAGAGUAUCAUCUACUGAAGGGAGGGGAGCAGCAGUCUCAUGAGGAGAAACAAUGUAAAAAGGAGAACAGACAGGAUGUGUGUGCUAUCAUUGACCUGUUUAUUCACAAGGAACAAUUUUACAAAGAGAAAGAAGAAUAUAUGAAUCAAUAUAUAACGCAUAAAAAAAUGAGGACAGUAGAAAAACAGAUAAGGAGUAGCAACAGUCAUCAUUUUAGCAAAGAGUGGUGGGAGAAUAAAAAAAGGAUAGUUCUCUUUUCAUGCCCAAAUUUUAUAAAAUAUAUUAAAUUUUUUAUGAGUUAUUAUUUCGAGCUAAUAAAUACCAAAAAUGUUGUUAAUAGUAAUAAUAGAGAUAUUCUGUACAAAUAUGCGUAUUAUGUAGAUGUCAAAACUGUGAACUAUUGUUUAUUGAAUAUAUACGAAAUAGUAAAAAAUAAAAUUUUAUAUUUCUUCAUAUUUUUUAAAGUAGAGAAAAAAUUAGUUAACUUAUUUUUUAAAUAUAUACACUGUUAUAAAGACAAUAGAAAUAUUAGUACAAUUUUUCAAAAAAAAAAAAAAAAAAAAAAUGAUGAUUUAAUAACCUUAAAGCAACUAAUCCACAAUUACGAUAACGAAUUAAUAUAUAUACACAUCUUCAAUUUUUUUAUCAAAUUAAACAAAAGUAUUAACAUAUCCAAAUUAAUAGAAUUUUUCUCUUUUUAUUUCGACAUCACUGAACAAACAAACUACAAAAUUAUCGAAUUAUAUGAGUACAUUAAUACUUUAGAUAUACUCUUAAAUAUUAUUAUGACCAUAGUCCAUUAUAAUUUCAAUUCCCUUUUCAUUCUUUUUAAUAUGACUACCCAACUGGACAGUAAUAUCCCUAUUAUGAGCCAUAUAAGGAAAACCUUGAAAUUUUGCCAAAAAAAACAAAAUAGUCAAAUUGAUGAAAAUACAAAAGUUCCCACUACACCCAUAAGGAAACAAAAUGAACAGAUGCACCCGUAUACAUGUAAUAACACAGAAGAGGGGGAACCUUUAAUAAUAGGAGAUGUCAAAAACAUACAUAAUGUGGAAAACAAAAAUAAGUUGAAAAAGAAUACAACCUUUUAUAGACACUUAGGUUGUGUUAAUGAUUUUAAAAAAUAUUUCUUAAAUAAUUUAUUAAACAGCUUAAAUAAUCUUCACCAUUUUAUAAUGAGCAAGGUGGGAGAGAAUUAUAGAGCAGCCGCUGAAUGUGUUCUAACGGAGGGGGCAAAGGAGAACAUGGAUAGAAACAUCGAUAAAAAUGCAGUGGAUCCCAUUCAAUAUAACGCUGUCAACCGAGGUGAUAACGACGAUAGUAACAUUAACAUUAACGUGAAUACGAGCAUGAACAUGAACAUGAACAUGAACAGUAGCAAUAAUAAUUAUUGUAGUGGGCAAAACCACAGCGGCAACAAUGAGGAGAAGCCCGGUGGACCAUGCAGGCAGCAUAUAAAUGCAAAUUCGUCAAGCCAGAUGGAAAAAUUAUCGUCUCUACACAUAUUGUCAAAAAUUGUGUUACGUAUGAUUGACAAGGUGAAAGAAGUUAAGAAUAAAGUUCUUCUUUUAAACUCGUGCUUUACUCCUAAUAUAACUUUUAAAAAUUUUCUUUUGUUUGUAUGCUACGAUUUGAGUGAACUAAACUAUUUCUAUAAGAAGCUAGUCAUAAAGAGAAGUGUCAGAAUGUGCAUCGAUAAGGAAGAUACAUCUGUUGGUAGUAGAGACCCCCCCAAAAGGAGGAAAAUAAUGCGGAACGAGGAAGAGGGGGAGAGGCAACAAGAACAGAAUGAGCAUCAUGAGCCGAACGAGCAACAUGAACAGAAUGAGCAUAAAGAACAGAAUGAGCAUCAUGAACAGAAUGAGCAUAAAGAACAGAAUGAGCAUCAUGAGCCGAACGAGCAACAUGAACAGAAUGAGCAUCAUGAGCCGAACGAGCAACAUGAACAGAAUGAGCAUAAAGAACAGAAUGAGCAUCAUGAGCCGAACGAGCAACAUGAACAGAAUGAGCAUAAAGAACAGAAUGAGCAUAAAGAACAGAAUGAGCAUCAAGAACAGAAUGAGCAUAAAGAACAGAAUGAGCAUCAAGAACAGAACGAGCAACGAACGAGCAACAUGAACGGUCGAACUGACUUCUUGAGUAAUGACAACGAUAUCGAGCAGGAUGGAGAGAGCAGAGACGAACAAAUUGGCAUCAAGGAAGAAGCCUACAAAGAAGUAGAUGGUACAAACAAAAAUAAGAAUGCUUUAAAUGAGCCAAAUAACAGUAACUUAAGUAGCGAUAAGGCAAACAAUGGAAGGAGCAUAUUAAAUAAUUGUGGUUUCUUUAAUGAAGAUACUGUAACUACAAAAUGUAUGAACAAGAAGGGGUAUAAAGAUAAAGACAGAUUCAUGAAGAAAGACUACUGUUUCUUCUUUGAUUGCUUUCUUAAUGAUAUUAACCUGACAAUAAACAAUAAAUACUUAUAUAGCAAGUUAAGCACUAUAUUUUAUUCUAGAAAUAUAUUAGACAAAGUAACAAAGACGUUUGAAACAUACCAACAUUUAGACGAUAAUUAUCUUUUUACUGUUAAAAAUAUGAACAUGAAUAAUAUAAUUCCAUCUGUUAAUAAAAAAGUAUAUGAUUAUUGCUCUCAUUUAUUUUGUGAUAUUCAGUCAAGAAUUUAUUUAAAUGAAAAUGAUGAAGAUAGGAAAAGUUUUACUUUAUUUAAUAUUGCAAGUGAAAAUAAAUCAAAAGAAAUUGAUGAAAACCAUUCUUUGUUUAAUUACAUUAGCUUGUUAAAAGAGGAAAGUAAUAAAUUACAAAAGAAAAAAAAUGAACAAAAUAAUGUUCAGAUGAUACAAGCAAAAGGAAAACAAUUCAAGAGGACUGACAAAAACACAUUUGAGGACCAUUUUAGAAAUAGAAAAACGUUGUCAUCUAGGGCACCUUCAAAACACGUCGACGAUUAUGAAGCAGCAAAUGCAGUAAAUGCUUCCACUACUACCGCUACCACCACUACUACCGCUGCUACCACUACUACCACUACUACCACUACUACCGCUACUACCGCUACUACCGCUACUACCGCUACUACCGCUACUACCGCUAGUAAUAACCAAAACGAGAAUGACGAAGCUUCGAACGAAGUUAGUAAGAAUCCAAGUGGACAAGGUAAUACUACCAUAAAAAGUACUAUUAGCUUAAAAAGUGUCAACAUCAGCGAUGGAAAAGAAGAUGCUUCGACUAAUUCUAACCUAGUGAAUAAUGCUAUGAAAAGCGAAAACUAUCAUACAUCCUUCGGUAAAAAAAAUUCACCCAGUCAUAUUGCACAAAAGGACUUACUUACCAAGUUGAACAACCAGAAAAAUGGUAAAAAGGUUCAAACCAUUAACUAUAUUAGUAAGGACAACAGUAAUAAUAACUGUAAUAGUAAUAAUAGUGAUUACUACAACGAAAUAAACCUGGGUAACGAGGAUAACUAUGAAAGCUACGAUAACAUAAAUAUGUUUACCCAUGAACAAAACAAUGAAGAAAUAAAUAAUUACAAUACAGUAACAUUAAAUAAUUUUAACAAUAAUGAAAAUAUAAUGAAAAAUGCAUCCAACCGGCGUCAAGAUCAUCAUCAUCACGUAGAAGUACACGAUGAUAACUCCCCUUAUCUUAAUUAUAACAAUCAAAGUGAUCUGAACAAUGAUAUAAUAACACAUGAAACAAGUUUGAAUAACUAUGAUUUAGGUGCUGAUCGCACUAACGUUAGCAGCAACCUUUGUAGUAAUAGUGUAACUAAAAGGAACAACCGUAUGAGCAACGGAAAUAACUGCGUGAAUGAAACCCUCGAACCAAGUGAAGCGACAAAUAGAAGUAGUCAGUUUGAAGACUGCAGCUGCUAUAAAUUUAAUUUGUUGGGAUGGAAAGAAUUUUCUGAAGAUGGUCAUAAAAAUGACCUAGAUGUGUGCAAAAUUGUUAAUAAACCUGUCUUGUUAAGGGACCCGAGAAUAAAAAUGAAAUUUCUUAAAAUUCUAGAUAGGCACAAAAAUAUUAAAGACAUAUUUAAAAAACUCGGAGUUGACAUAAAGUAA